AGACAAAAUCGAGUCAUGGCCGACUAGACCCAAACCCAACCAAGAAACGACCAUAUCAACCACCACCGAUAUGAUUUUCCUCCUCCUAUUUGCCUUUUCCUCUUCCGCCGCCUCCGCCGUUAACAUUCAAACAUCAUUGAAUAAAUUACAAGCGCUGCAGAUUUUCUAAUAAGGCUCUCAAAAAUCAACCCCCACAUCCGAAUUAAGGCGAUUGUUGAAGAUUGCAUCGUGAUUUUCUUUUGUCGAGAUUUACGUGAUUCAUCCAGAUCUGAUUCUGAAUAGUUAAUUGGUGAGUAAAUGUUGAAUGUAGCUGUUCAGAUCAGAUCUUUUGGAGCCAAGUCUUGUCACACUUGUUUGAUGGACAAUGACUAUUCCAAUGAAUAACACUGUGAGUAAUUUGUCAAGGGAUCGAGCUCAACUUCUUUACAACAAGAAUGUUGAGUUGGAAAGUAAGCGUAGAAAAGCAGCACAAGCAAAAAUCCCAUCAGAUCCAAAUGCAUGGCAACAAAUGCGAGAAAAUUACGAAUCUAUCCUUCUUGAAGACCAUGUCUUCUCUGAACAACAUGACAUUGAAUAUGCUCUAUGGCAGUUGCAUUACAAACGCAUUGAGGAGUUGCGGGCACACUACAGUGCUGCCCAAGCACAAAACACAAAAGGUCCCGCCCCUGCCCCUGCCCGACCAGGGCCUGCCCGAAUCACUAAAAUCCGUUCCCAAUUCAAGACCUUUCUUUCUGAAGCUACUGGAUUUUACCAUGAUUUGAUGGUGAAAAUUAGGGCAAAAUACGGGUUGUCUUUAGGUCAUAUUUCAGAUGAUCCACAAAAUGAUGUUGACAUGAAGAAAGGCUUGAUAUCAUGCCAUAGAUGCUUUAUUUACCUUGGAGACCUUGCUCGCUAUAAAGGGUUAUAUGGUGAAGGUGAUUCAAAAACACGUGAUUUUGCUGCAGCUUCAAGUUACUAUAAGCAAGCUGCUACUCUUUGGCCUUCAAGUGGCAAUCCUCAUCAUCAGCUUGCUAUUCUUGCAUCCUAUUCUGGAGAUGAACUUUUGGCUGUUUACCGUUAUUUUCGAAGUUUAGCAGUUGAUACCCCUUUUACUACUGCAAGAGACAAUUUAAUUAUUGCAUUUGAGAAGAAUCGUCAAAGCUACUGCCAGCUUCUUGGAGAUUCAAAAGCUGCCCCUAACAAGAAAGCACCAGCCCGGGUGCCCGGGAAAGGAAGAAACAAAGGUGAAACAUGGGUUUCAUCAAAAGAUAGGAAAACAGAACCAAAUCUUGUUGUUGAAAGAGAAUCUACUACAAUGCCUGAAACUCUUAAAGCCUUCAGUAUUCGAUUUGUCAGACUAAAUGGCAUCCUUUUUACUCGCACAAGUUUGGAGACUUUUUUGGAAGUUUUCUCAGUGGCGAGGAGUGAUUUUCUUCAGCUACUAUCAUCCGGACAAGAUGAGGUGUUCAAUUUUGGUUCAGAUUAUGAGCAGUGUAAACUCUUCAUAACCAGAUUCAUAGCAAUCAUGAUAUUCACUGUCUACAAUGUAAACAAAAAGGAAACAGAACACCAAUCAUACGCAGAGAUUCUUCAACGUUCUGUUGUCCUUCAAAACGCAUUUGCUGCAAUAUUCGAUUUCAUGGCACUCAUACUUGAAAGAUGCAUCCAGUUAAACGACCCAUGUGCAAGCUUUUUACUCCCUGGAAUCAUGAUUUUUGUUGAAUGGCUUGUUUCUUGUAAAGAGGAUUUAGCAUCCACAAAUGAAAUGGAGGAGAAACAGGUUGCUGCUAGAUCCUUAUUUUGGAACCAAUUUGUUUCUUUUCUCAACAAGCUUUUGAUUGUGUCUCAAGUGGUUAAUGAAAGUGGAGAUGAAACUCGUCUUGCAUUGCCUGAAGACAUGGAAUUGAGGGGCUUCCUUCCACUUGUUUCUGGUCAACUCGUUCUUGACUUUACAAGAACAAAUUAUUUGGAUGAAAAUAAGGAAAAGAAGGCACGCGUACAACGGAUUGUAGCUGCUGGAAAGGCUCUUACCAAUAAUAGUAAGAAUGUUGGUGUUGGGAAGCAACAGCAAGGAUUCUAUUUUGAUUCUAAAUCCAAACAGUUUCUCUUUGGUGUUGAGCCACAAAAUAACAACCAAGUUUCCACUGAAAACAUUGGAGAAAAAUUAGAAUGUGAAGAGGAGGAAGAUGAUGAGGUUAUUGUCUUCAAACCCUCUGUACCUGAGAAACAUACACAUACACAUACACAUACAGAUACAGAUGGUUUGGUGUUUCCUUCAAAACUUAUUGACAAUCCUGCCCCUGUGGCUGUCUCAAUGCCACCACAUGAAGCAUGUGCAUCUUCUGUCAAUGAAAACAUGGUGCAGGAUUCGCAACUUGAACAACCAGAAGAAUUUAUUGAAAAUGGUUUGUUUUCAAAUCUCAACUUGUUGGGAGGAAAAGAAUUUGAAAAACAUUCAGGAGGAAUGUCGUCUGUUGGUUUCCAGGAUUCUGAAAGUAUUAUCAUACCAUCCAAGUUUGAUUCGGUGAUGACAUCAGCAGCACCUAGUUUUGGCAGCGUUCCUUCAAAGGCAAAGCCCAUUAAGAGUCCAGUGAGCCGGCCCAUACGACAUUAUGGGCCACCACCUGGAUUCAACAACACUGUUGGUACUCAGCCUCAGCCACUGUAUGGUGUUAACCUAAGGAAUGGAAUUGGAAAUGAAAAUCAACCUGUGGAUGAUUAUAGCUGGUUAGAUGGGUACCAGUUACCUUAUUCUGGAUACAACAAUGGAAUUGGAAUCGGUAAUUCCUGGAGGUGUUUGCCGCAACCAAACAAGCUUUUGAACACAAGGAAGAUGCCGUUGGGAAUGGAAAGCUUUCCAUUCCCUGGUAAACAAGUUUCCUCUGUGGCUGAGGCUGAGAAUGGAAUACAGAAACAACAGAAUGGUAAUGGUGGAUGGGUUGGUGGUUAUCAGAUUCCAACAGAACGUGGGAAUGGGAAUCUACAAGAAGCAAUGCAGCAGCAGCAUCAAGUUAAAAAAGGGAAUGAAGAGUUUAUUGCACUGCCUCAGCAAUACCAGGGACAAUCGUUGUGGGAAGGUCGUUUCUUUGUGUGAUGAUGUUAUGGAGCAUAGAUGGUGUUGAACAAUCUACUAAGGUGGAUGUGGAGUGAAGUGGAGUGUCCUGGUACGACCAGUUCAGCCAUCAGAUAUGCAAUCAAUGUGAAUGUGAUUUUUAAAAAAGCUUUUAUUGGAGGAAGCAUGGAUUGGAUGGUAUUGGUUUGGUUUGGAUUACUGCAGGCAUCUGCUGGUUAAUAGGUGCCGAGUUUUCCAGAUUGGAUGAAUGAAUGAAUGAUAAGAGUCUGUGGGAAGAAUCUGAAAACUUUUGUGGGUAUGAUAUGAUAUGAUGAAAUCAGUGUUUUUGGAGAUGUAUGUAUGAGUAUCACAAACAAUGGGAGGAUUGAUUGAAGCUUUUAUCCUCCUGCUUAUCAAUCAUAUAAGGUAUUAUUAUUAUUAUUAUGUGUCUGUCUAAUGGAAGGGGAUAUCUUAGAAGAAAUCAACAACAGUAACACUGUGGAUCCAAGUCUUUUUUUUUUUUUUUUAAACUUCGUUUUCUUGUGUUUUUGUUUUUGUUAUAAAGAUUUGCUAUAAGCGACUAUGGAACGCUUGUAUUGUGGGUCGUGAUGAUUGAAGUUGAUGUGUUGGUAUUAUUAUUAUUAUUAUUAUUAUUAUUAUUAUUAUUA